AUCAAUUUCCUAUCUGACGCUGCUGAUUUCGGAUUUCAAUACGACAACCAUUUUUACACACAACACGCCUGUAUCCUAUAGCAACCAUUUAAUCGGGUCCCCCUAUUGGGUGUGAUGGCCGUCUGUGGUUGUUGUGUGAGCCUGAAACCUCGUUACAAGCGGCAUGUCGACGACAUCUUCCCAACGUCGCCGGAUCAGCCGAUUGUCGCCUCUCAGAAGGACAAGCUGUCGUACUAUGCGCUCUCGGCGCCGGAGAAAUUGGACAGAAUAGGAACGUACCUUGCACAGAGAGUCAGAAAGGAUUUGUCUAGACGGAGAUAUGGGUAUGUGUAUAUAGCUUUGGAGGCUCUCGAUGAGCUGCUGAUCACGUGUCGAGAUACGACUCUUAAUCUUUACGUUGAGAGUUUUUUGCGUAUUGUUCUGCUGCUGUUGGAGGCUGAUAAUUCAGAUCUACAAAUGAGAGCAGUACAGUCUUUUGUCCAGUUCUCAGACAUUGAGGAGACGACUCCGUCAUAUCAUCGACGUUACGACUUCUUUGUGUCGAGAUUUAGUGAGAUGUGCUACAAUAACAACAGCAACGUAGAAAUGAGAACAAAACUGAGGAUGGCAGGACUGAGAGGAUUGCAUGGAGUAGUAAAGAAGACUGUGAGCGAUGACUUGCAGGUAAAUAUCUGGCAGCCAAUUCACAUGGAUAAGAUUGCACCAGCCUUAGUAUUCAACAUGUUCGAUGGAGUCGACUUGUCCCAGCGGGACACGUCGAGUGUUGAGAAGUUGCAAUCGGAAGUGUUGGACGACUCACAGCCAUCUGGUCUGGCGGAGACGUGUUUGAGAGAUUUGUUGGGAAGGGCGAAUUUUGGAAAUUUGAAGGACACGUUGAGUCCGAUACUCAAUCAAGUAGAUCACGCUGGAUGGUGGGUACCAAACACGUUCCUAACUCAACUCUUUCAGAUCAUUUUGUUUUCAAUCCAGAGUCAGUAUUCGUACGUUGUGAUUCAGUUGCUUAUUGAGCAGCUUGACAUGCCGACGUCUCGUUGGGACGCACCGGGAUCUCAGAUGUAUGUGUCGCCGGCGAGGAGGAAAGCUAGCAUUGCUGAUGUUAUAAGAGCUGCUGUGCCUAUAGCGGCUGGUAGUGCAAUGGGCCCUUCGGUGCUGGAAAUAUUUCACUCGUUACUGCAGCGAAUGCGACAAGCCAUCGACGACUUGGUAACCAAAAGUCUGGGACCUGAAAGAACUGAAUAUGAAAGCUAUCGAGACACGUUAGUGAAUGUCAUUGGUACUUUUGCUUGUGUUCUUCCUGACUACCAGAAGAUUGAGGUGAUCACCUACUUGGUAGGCAAUAUGCCAUCACAUGAGUCAGCUGAGUUAGUAUCAGAUGCAGUCAAGUCUCAAGACCCAACCAUACGACAGCAGACAAGUGUACAAGCAGAGCACAUGCAUCGUCUCAUGUUGAUUGAAUGCUUUCGUCAAGUCGUGUCCUCGUAUCGUCCUCACAGUCUCUCCAGCACAUUUCCAGUGUCAUUAUUCGACCCAUUACUACGACUACUGGUAGAUGAAGAUCCAGAUCUACGACUUGAAGUUCACUGUAUCAUACAACGCCUGUUGGAUCAUUAUGGGAAUUUGGAAAAAAUUUCAGUUAAAACCUCGUGGAACAGCAUUCAAGAAUUGGGCUUGGCUGCUGGUCAAGCAUCGAAGCAAGACAGUAUCUUUAUGAAGAAGAACGGUAACCACAUGUUCUGGACGUUAUACGAAUAUGGACAACUGAUGACCAAUGGACCAGAUCACUAUGCAGCAUUAAGUCACACUCUUGCUCUUCUCAGUCUCAGUCUCGGCCCUGAGCUUGUUAUAGUAGACAGUGUGAGGAUUGUUCUUGGGCUGCAGGAUCAUGCUCUCUCAAAUGUCAACAAUCUCUCCGCAUUAUCUCGUUGCUGCAUUCACGCUCUCACGGCGUCGUUCCUACAUUUCCUUGCCAAGUGGACCGGCAGUCGAGAGCUGCUGGAUCUCACAGAAGAGGUUAUUAGUGAGAGACAGAGAAAGGCGUCGUAUCUGUUGCCUGACGAAAUGCUGGUUGAUUUCUCUGCCCCUGAAAGUUUGCCUUCUCUAUCUGAACUACACGAGUUGGAUGAACAUUUGCUCUUCCAGCGUCAGUUGAUUAGCAACGUGUUGAGCGAUCUUGGACACGAGAUAGAACACUUGGCUUCACCACUGGAACGAAAAGUGACUGAGCGUCGCAGAAAACAGACAAUAUCAAGAGAGGGAACAAUGCAGGAAAUCAGCGGCUCCGAAGAACUGGGUUUGUCUCCCGUUCUAAAACAUAGACAGAGACAUGCAUCAAACAUCAUCACAUUCGAGUCACUAAAGAAAGCUCUAACAAUGAGGGAAAGGGAUCGUAAGGAUGAUGGAGAUGUAGAGAGAUCGAGAUCGUAUCGGGAGAUUGUUGCUGAGUCAGAUGCGAAGAGCCAAUCCUUCAAACAUCAACUCAAACAAAUUCUGGAUGUUGCCACAAGGUCUGCUACAUCAAGUGACUUGGUUGAUGGCGUAGGAACAGAAAAUUUGAGAACUCGUUUUCCCGACGUGUUUCUCAGUUGAAUAUCAAAAUGAAUUUAAUUUAAUUAAUUAAUUCAUUGAUAGACGUUGAGUGUUAGUAGUCGUAUGGAUACUCUUUAUGUACAGACAUGGGAACGACAACUUAAUUGAUUAAUUGUAACCCUUUAAUCAAUUGAGUAAUAUUUUAAUACAAAUAUUAAAAAUUUAAAGUAAAGUGUCACGUGUGUGAAAC